AGGCUGUGCGUUGCUGCUGACUCAGAAUGGCAACUUUCAGGCUGGGGGACCAUGUGUGGCUGGACCCUCCCUCUGCCAACAAGACCACUGUGGCCACUGGGGGCAUCAUCAAGAAAACAGAGCCAGGCAAGGUCUUGGUGGAGGAUGAUGAAGGGAAGGAACACUGGAUCCAUGCAGAGGACCUUGGCAAUCUCAGACCCAUGCACCCCAACUCGGUCCUCGGUGUGGACGACAUGAUCCGCCUGGGGGACUUGAACGAGGCGGGCGUGGUGCACAACCUGCUCAUUCGCUACCAGCAGCACAAGAUCUACACAUACACGGGCUCCAUCCUGGUGGCUGUGAACCCAUUCCAGGUGCUGCCCAUCUACACCCAGGAGCAGGUACAGCUGUAUUACAAUCACCACGUGGGGGAGCUGCCACCCCACGUCUUCGCCAUCGCCAACGGCUGCUACUUCAACAUGAGGAGGAACAAGAGGGACCAGUGCUGCAUCAUCAGCGGUGAGUCUGGGGCUGGGAAGACAGAGACCACCAAGCUCAUCCUGCAGUUCCUGGCCACUAUCAGUGGCCAGCACUCCUGGAUUGAGCAGCAGAUCCUUGAGGCCAACCCUAUUCUGGAAGCUUUUGGAAAUGCCAAGACAGUCCACAAUGACAACUCGAGCCGCUUCGGGAAGUACAUCGACAUCUACUUCAACAACACCGGGGUGAUCGAGGGUGCUCAGAUCGAGCAAUAUCUCCUGGAGAAGUCCCGGGUCUGCCGGCAGGCCCCGGAGGAACGGAACUACCACAUCUUCUACAGCAUGCUCAUGGGGAUGAGUGCUGAGGAGAAGAAGCUGCUGUGCCUGGGGAUGCCCUCCGAGUACCACUACCUGACCAUGGGGAACUGCAGCUCCUGUGAGGGUCUCGAUGACGCCAAGGACUACGCCCACAUCCGCUCGGCCAUGAAGAUCCUCAUGUUCUCUGACUCUGAGAACUGGGACAUCAGCAAACUCCUGGCAGCCAUCCUCCACCUGGGGAAUGUGGAGUUUAUGGCCACGGUGUUUGAGAACAUGGACUCCUCAGAAGUGAUGGAGCCGUCCACCUUUCCCAUCGUGAUGAAGUUGCUGGAGGUGCAGCACCAGGCACUCCAGGACUGCCUGACCAAGCACUCCAUCAUCAUCCGUGGGGAGUUUGUCACUAGGCCCCUGAACAUCGUCCAGGCAGCAGAUCGGAGGGAUGCCUUUGUCAAGCGCAUCUAUGGGCACCUCUUCCUGUGGGUCGUCAAGAAGAUCAAUGCUACCAUCUUCAGUCCGCCCUCCCAGGACCCCAAGCAUGUGCGAAGGGCCAUUGGCCUCCUAGACAUAUUUGGCUUUGAAAAUUUCCAGAGCAACAGCUUUGAACAGCUCUGCAUCAACUUGGCCAAUGAGCACCUGCAGCAGUUCUUUGUGCAGCACAUCUUCACCAUGGAGCAGGAGGAGUACCGCAUGGAGAACAUUGCCUGGGACUACAUCCACUAUACCGACAACCGACACACCCUGGAUCUGCUGGCCCUCAAGCCCAUGAGCAUCAUCUCCCUCCUGGACGAAGAGAGCCGCUUUCCACAGGGGACAGACCUAACCAUGCUGCAAAAAUUGAAGAGUGUCCAUGCCAACAACAAGGCCUUCCUGCAACCCAAGACCAUCCACGAUGCCCGAUUUGGCAUUGUCCAUUUUGCUGGUGAGGUGUAUUACAAGACAGAAGGCUUCCUGGAGAAGAAUCGAGAUGUGUUGAGCACAGAUAUCCUGACCCUGGUUCACUCCUCCAAAAACAAGUUCCUGAAAGAGAUCUUCAAGCUGGAGGCUACAGAGACCAAGCUGGGCAGUGGGACCAUCCACCUGGCCAGGGGCCAGCUCUUCAAGUCUACAGAGCCCACCAAGCAGCGCUCCACCCUGGCAGGCCAGUUCAAGCAAUCCCUGGACCAGCUGAUGAAAAUCCUGACCAGCUGCCAGCCCUACUUCAUCCGCUGCAUCAAACCCAACGACUACAAGAAACCGCUGCUCUUCAACAGGGAGCUGUGCCUCCAGCAGCUGCGCUACUCAGGCAUGAUGGAGACCGUGCAGAUCCGCAAGUUGGGCUUCCCCAUCCGCUACACAUUCGAAGAGUUCUCGCAGAGGUUCCAGGUCCUGCUGCCAAGUGCCGUGAGGGUGCAGCUGCGACACAAGUUCCACCAGAUGACCCUGCGUAUUGCUGACAUGUGGCUGGGAACAGACAAAGACUGGAAAAUGGGAAAGACCAAAAUUUUCCUGAAGGACCACCAAGACACUCGGCUGGAGAUUCAGAGGAGCCAGGCCCUGAAUACUGCUGCUCUCAGCAUCCAGAAGGUCCUUCGGGGCUACAAACACAGGAAGGAGUUCCUGAGGCAGAAGCAGGCUGCCGUGACCCUCCAGGCCAACUGGAGAGGGUUCAGCACCCGGAGAAAUUUCAAGCUGAUCCUCCUAGGCUUUGAGCGCCUGCAGGCGAUUGCCCGGAGCCACCUGCUGGCAAGGCAGUACCAGACCCUGCGGGAGAAGAUAGUCCAUUUGCAGUCCCGGUGUAGGGGCUACCUGAUGCGCCGCGCAGUCCAGAACAGGAGAAAGGCCGUGGUGAUCAUCCAGGCGCAUGCCCGGGGCAUGGCUGCUCGGCAGAGCUUCCGGAGGCGGAAAGCCAAUGGACCACUGGUCAUCCCAGCUGCACAGCAGAGCCCAAGUGCUCUCCCUGCCAAGAAGCCCAAGUCCAUCUACGACACCAUCACCGACACGGAGAUGGUGGAGAAAGUGUUUGGCUUCCUCCCUUCCAUGAUCGGUGGACAGGAAGGUCAGUCCGCACCGGCCUUUGAGGAUCUGGAAACAAGGACCGAGCAGCUGCCUGAGGUGGACCUGGACACGGUCCCCAUGGCGGAGGAGCCAGAGGAGGAGGCAGACGGUCUGGCUGAGUACACCUUCCCCAAGUUCGCUGCGACCUACUUCCAGAAAUCAGCCAGCCACACCCACAUCCGGCGGCCGCUGCUGUACCCGCUGCUCUACCUGGAGGAUGACAACGACUGCUCGGCUGCGCUGGCUGUGUGGAACAUCAUCCUGAGGUUCAUGGGGGACCUACCGGAGCCGGUGCUCUUUGCCAAGACCAGCCUGCGUGACAGCUCAGUGAUACAGCAGAUCCACAACACCCUGGGCAUUCAGGGCAGCACCCAGUCUCCACAGCCCAGUGGACCUGGACAGGUGGCCAGCCAGCUUAGCGUCAAAGAAAAGGCAUUUGAGCUUGACAGCCCCAUCUCAGACCGACCCAUGUCCAACCUGGAGAAGGUACACUUCAUUGUGGCCCAUGCCAUCCUACGGCCAAGCCUCAGGGAUGAGAUUUACUGCCAGAUCUGCAAGCAGCUCUCAGAGAACUUCAAAAUGAGCAGCCUGGCCCGAGGCUGGAUCCUGCUUAGCCUCUGCUUGGGCUGCUUCCCGCCCUCAGAGAGGUUCAUGAAGUAUUUGCUGAACUUCAUCGGCCAAGGGCCGGCAGGCUACGGACCUUUCUGUGCUAAGCGCCUGAGACGUACCUAUGCCAAUGGGGUACGCACGGAGCCCCCCUCCUGGCUGGAGCUACAGGCUGUCAAGUCCAAAAAGCACAUCCCAGUCCAUAUCACCAUGGUGACUGGAGAGACCCUGACCAUCACGGUCGACUCAGCCUCCACGGCGCGGGAAGUCUGCCUGCACAUCGCCCAUAAGCAGGGCCUCAGCGACCACCUGGGCUUUUCCCUCUAUGUCGCCGUGUACAACAAGUUCUGGUCACUGGGCAGUGGGCGCGAUCACGUAAUGGACGCCGUUGCCCAGUGUGAGCAGCUGGCCCGGGAGCGGGGCGAGAGCGAGCGCCAGUCGCCCUGGCGCAUCUACUUCCGGAAGGAGUUCUUCACCCCCUGGCACGACUCCAAGGAGGACCCUGUCAGCACCGAGCUCAUUUACCGCCAAGUCCUCCACGGAGUCUGGUCCAGCGAGUACAGCUUCGAGAAGGAGGAAGAGCUGGUGGAGCUGCUGGCUCGGCACUGCUACGAGCAGCUCGGUGCCUCGGCGAGCAGUGAGGCCAUCCAGGAACUGCUGCCCAGCUGCAUUCCCGCCAAGCUGUACAGGACCAAGCCCCCUGAGAAGUGGGCUAGCCUUGUUGCUGCUGCCCACACCAAGGCGCCGUACACCCAGAAGCAGGCAACAGUGUUGGCUGUGCGGGAGCAAGUGGUGGACAUGGCUCGCCUGCAGUGGCCACUGCUCUUCUCCCGGCUGUUUGAAGUCACCACACUCUCCGGCCCUCGACUGCCCAAGACUAAGCUGAUCUUAGCUGUGAACUGGAAAGGGCUGUACUUCCUGGACCAGAGAGAGAAGGUGCUUCUAGAACUCUCCUUCCCAGAGGUCACGGGCCUGGUCACCAACAGGGCAGCCCAGGGCGGGCAGAGGCUGACACUCUCCACGCUGCACGAAGAGGAGUACGAGUUUGCGACCCCCAGCAGUGUGGCCAUCGCAGAGCUGGUGGCCAUGUUCCUGGAGGGCCUGAAGGAGCGGUCUGUGUUCACCAUGGCCCUGCAGGACAGGAAGGCCACAGAUGAUGCCACCCUCCUGACCUUCAAGAAGGGGGACUUGCUGAUCCUGACGAAGAAGCAGGGGCUACUGGCCUCUGAGAACUGGACCCUGGGCCAGAAUGACAGGACAGGACGGACGGGGCUGGUGCCCAUGGCCUGCCUCUACAUCAUCCCCACCGUCAUCAAACCCUCGACACCGCUGCUGAGCCUGCUGGCCAUGUCACCUGAGAAGCGGAAGCUGGUGGCCCAGGAGGAGGGGUCCACAGAGCCCUUGCCUGAGGAGCAGCCCAAGGAGAAGCCACACACCCUGGAGGAAUUUUCCUAUGAGUUCUUCAGGGCCCCAGAGAAGGAGACAGUCAGCAAAGCCGUGUUCGCCCGGGCCCGGGGCCACCUGUGGGCUCACUCCUCUGAGCCACUGCGGCAGCCUCUGCUCAAGCGUGUCCAUGCCAAUGCCGAAUUGCGGGACUGCGCCUGCCAGACCUUCAUGGCCAUCCUCAAGUACAUGGGUGACUACCCCUCGAGACAGGCCUGGUCCUCCCUGGAGCUCACAGACCAUAUCUUCUCAUUGGCCGUCCAAGAUGUGGCCCUGCAGGACGAGGUCUACUGCCAGAUCCUGAAGCAGCUGACACACAACUCCAACAGGCACAGCGAGGAGCGGGGCUGGCAGCUGCUAUGGCUCUGCACGGGCCUCUUCCCGCCCAGCAAGGCGCUGCUGCCCCAUGCCCAGAAGUUUGUGGACACUCGAAGGAAGAAGCUACUGGCCCCUGACUGCAGCCGCCGCCUCCAGAGGGUUCUGAGAGCAGGCCCCCGGAAGCAGCCCUUGCACCAGGUGGAGGUGGAGGCCGCAGAGCAGAACAUCACCCGCAUCUGCCACAAGGUCUACUUCCCCAAUGACACCAGCAAGAUGCUGGAGGUGGGUGCCAACACCCGGGUGCGGGACGUGUGCCAGAGCAUCGCCGCCAAGCUGCAGCUGGCCUCCUGGGAGGGUUGCAGCCUCUUUGUCAAGAUCGCCGACAAGGUUUUCAGCCAGAAGGAGGGAGACUUCUUCUUCGACUCCUUGAGACAGGUGUCUGACUGGGUGAAGAAGAACAAGCCCCAGAAAGAAGGGGCCGCCGUGACACUCCCCUACCAGGUACUCUUCAUGCGGAAACUGUGGCUCAAUGUGGUCCCGGGGAAGGAUGUGAAUGCAGACACCAUACUCCAUUACCACCAGGAGCUGCCCAAGUACCUGCGUGGUUUCCACAAGUGUUCGAGGGAGGAUGCCGUCCACCUGGCAGGCCUCAUCUACAAGGCCCAGUUUGACAAUGACCGGUCCCAGCUGGCUAGUGUCCCCAAGAUCCUGCGGCAACUCGUGCCUGAAAACCUUAUGCGUCUGAUGUCAUCGGAGGAGUGGAAAAAGAACAUCCCUCUGGCCUAUGACAAGCACGUAGACAAGACGGUGGAGGAGGCCAAGGUGGCCUUUCUGAAGUGGAUCUGCCGGUGGCCCACCUUUGGGUCUGCCUUCUUUGAGGUGAAGCAAACCUCGGAGCCCUCCUAUCCUGACAUCGUCCUUAUUGCCAUCAACCGACACGGGGUUCUGCUCAUCCACCCCAAGACCAAGGAGCUGCUCACCACCUACCCCUUCACCAAGAUCGCCAGCUGGAGCAGCGGCAGCACCUACUUCCACAUGGUUUUGGGGAGCCUGGGCCGGGGCAGCCGCUUGCUAUGUGAGACCUCUCUGGGCUACAAGAUGGACGACCUGCUGACCUCAUAUGUGCAGCAGCUCCUGAGCACUGUGAACAAACAGCGGAGCUCCCGGGCCCCAGCCCUGGCUAACUUAUAGGCACCUCAGGCACCUUCCCGUGACAUCCAGGCUACACUCCCUCAACCCCUCCUUCUGCACCCACCUCUCCUCUACCUCCCAGGUGGGGCCCAAAGGAGGGGUCUGCGGGGGGCAGGCUAAGAGACCCCACCCCCAGAAUGUUCAAUAAACAUUCAUGGA